AUGAGUUGUCCGGUUUUGUCACAACACCAGAUCCAGGCGUCGGGUUGUCAGACGUGGCUAGGCCGCCCUCAACCGAAAUCCGCCAGCCCGCUUGUCUUCCUCUCUGCCCAUGGUCGUCUCUCGUUAGCGACCAGAUAUGAGGCUUACCCCCCACUGACCACGCCGCACCACCGCCAGUGUUCUUAUUCUCCGCCUUUUGAGUCUCUACACAAGACGACCUCCGACCACCCAUUGGUCACUGUGCGACCUCAUCAGUCCCCGCUGCUUUCACCUACUGGUCAUCGCUCCUCUGACCGCCACCAAGGCAUCGUCCACCGUCAAGAUCUUCAAAAUUGGGAUGGGAAUACAAGAAAAUGGUGUCUGCAAAUUGAUGAAAAGAAGAAGAAGAAGAAGAAGAAGAAGAAGAGAUAA